AGGCCCAGGCUCCACUCCCCAGCUGUGAAAGGGUAACAACUGAGGGUGGCAAAGGCUCGGGGUUGUUCAGGGCGGGGUGGGCUAUGGACCCAUCAGGCUCGGCACCCAGGUCAGGGCUCCAGGGGAGGUCAGGUGGGGCGAAGGCCAACAAGGGGCCGGGGCUGGUCAGGAAGGUCUCCUGGUGACCAGAGCACUUUGCCUGAGCCAGCGUCGGAGGGAGGUGGGCUGGAUGAGCCAGGGAGGCGCCGGGAGGGGCCUUGGCAGAGGCGACCCCCUCCGUCAGCCCCCAGCCCACUGAACCCUGGGUAGCGAGAACCGGCAGGGGAGGCUGCAGACAGAGGAGUGCAGGCUCCUUGGCUUUGGGGGCUCUGAGUAUAAGAAUCUAGGGGGUCCCUCAAGAGGCCCCUAAAUGCUGCCCCAUGGUGAGAAAAGGCGCAGAGAGGCGCCCCGCGCCGGUGCACAGAGGCGCACAGGAGACCUCAGGCCCAGGCUCCACUCCCCAGCUGUGAAAUGGACCGCUGGCCGGACCCCCGAGCUAGCCCGCCAGGCCUCCAUAGAGCUGCCCAGCAUGGCCGUGGCCAGUACCAAGAGUCGGUGGGAGACGGGUGAGGUACAGGCUCAGUCUGCGGCCAAGACUCCAUCCUGCAAGGAUAUUGUGGCUGGAGACAUGAGCAAGAAAAGCCUCUGGGAGCAGAAGGGAGGCUCCAAGACCUCAUCAACAAUUAAGGCCCAGAUUGCCUUCCUACAGGGAGAAAGGAAGGGCCAAGAAAAUUUGAAGAAGGAUCUUGUGAGGAGGAUCAAAAUGUUGGAGUAUGCUCUUAAACAGGAAAGAAAGAAGAGUUAUGAUUCCCAGAGUUAUUCCUUUAUUUUGUUAUAAGGAUACUUGAUGGUAUAACAACAACAGCAACAACGAAAAAGGUCUAGCUCAGCUGGCUCCUGAGGUUAAGGUAUUUCAGAAAGAACUGCAGAAGGCAGAAAAUGCUAUCGUAGCUCAGCAUGAAAAGUUUGAAAACCACAGGCAAGCUCUGCAAAAGCAACUGA